AUAAAGUAAGUAUAUUGACUAAACAAAUAUCUCUUAUGUGAACCAGGGAAUCCAGUAGUAAACCAUUCACGUCUCUCCAGAUGCAGGACCAAAUGGAUUUAGUUGAGAAACUGGGCUUGUUUAAAAAUUCCGCUCACCUGAGUCGUUGCCAAAACUGGAGGCGGGAGCAUGUACUAUAUAUAACCCAAGACGUGAUAGUGACCGAAGAGUGGUCUGACUUUAAAGAAUGAUGCUACGGAGAUGUUUUACUCUCAUGUUGUCAGUCCGCCUGAGGAUGCUCAGAACGCGUCUCUGAAUCGCGCGCGCACCGGCGGCAGAGGUCUCACAGCGCACGAGAGAGGCGAACGAGUCCCAGUUGGCUGCAGAGAGCUGCGAUCAACAAAGUACAUUUCAGAUGGCCAGUGCACCAGCAUAAACCCGGUCAAGGAGCUGGUGUGCACAGGACAAUGUCUUCCUGCCCAGAUGCUGCCCAACUGGAUCGGUGGAUACGGCAGAAAGGUCUGGAAUCGCAGAAACAGUCCGGACUGGCGCUGCGUGAACGACAAGACCAGGACUCAGCGGAUUCAGCUCCAGUGCCAGGAUGGGACCACCAGAACCUACAAGAUCACAGUUGUGACCUCUUGCAAAUGCAAAAGAUACUCACGGCAGCACAACGAAUCAGGAAACAAGUCUGAGGGAUAUACUCCGAUAAACAGCCAGAUGAAAAACCCUAAAGCCAAAAGAGGAACAAGAAUAGGAAGCUAGACUGGCUUGAGUUACAUUGACACUAGAUUUGAAACAAAUGUAUAUGAGCUUGUGAUGUCAGCUCACAGGAGGAACUGGGGGCAAUAAGAGGCUCUUUGGGUUUCGUUCGAGAGCAAGUGCAAGUCUUUGACUUCACCACGAAACUACAAGUGCACUGCAGACAUUGGAAAAAUGAGUAAAGACUAAAUCUCAUCACCAACAAAAUUAUAUCAACACGCAGUCUACAGUAUAAGCGACCAUGUGCCAUAUUAUUGUCAAAGAGACUGACACAUUUCAUUACAAAACAAAACUGAACAAAAGCAAGCUUGUGAUUUUAAUUGUUUUAUCACAUUAUUGCCGGUGUGAUAUACAGUGGAUUUCAAAUCACUUGCUAAUGUAUGUAUAUAUGUGCCAAUGAUAUAUAUAGAUUUGUGCAGUUCUCAACCCUGAAACUGAAUAUUUGUACAUAUAUAUACAUGCUUGUGUACGUACUUGUUUUGCAGGAACUGUGUGUGUUACAAAUGUUAUAUUUUGAUGUAUAAGUUGAUGUAAUAUAUAUUUUCCAUGACUCUGACUUUGUUUCUAGUUGCAAGCAAGCAUAUUCAGACAAUAUAUUGCACUAUAGUGACAAUGUUCAUAUUGGUUGUUAUGAUGUAAAAACAUUAAAAAGUAAAGAU